AUGUCUACGGCCCGGAUAGUACUCCGCCAACAACGGGGUCGAUGGCUGCAGCCGACAAUGCAGUCUACGGCCCGAUCAAUCCGAACCCACUCGACGCACGCACAUCACCAUAACCAUACCCAUACCCAUAACCAUCACCAUCACCAUCAUACCCCCACAGGCGCCAAUCUCGAGGCCGUCCGAUCCUACUGCCGUGAACUUCUCAGGGCGCUCGCUGACACAGUAAUUCUUCCCGGUCAGCUCAGAACCCACGAUUACCCAUCCUACAUCCUCUCAACCUUCCACCCGCCACCCCUCCGAGACGCCCAACUCGUCAUCCGCGCAUUCAACGUCGACAUCGCCCGAAUAGCAGAUCAAGUCUCAAACCUCACCGUCGGCCGUAUGCGAAUGCAAUUCUGGCGCGAUGUAAUCGAAAAGACAUAUAAUGGUCACCCACCCCAGGAACCCGUCGCACUACUUCUCUCGAAGGUCCUUCAUGAAGACCGAAUACCUUUCACAAAAUCGUUCUGGAUGAAAGUCAUCGGCGCGAGGGAACAGUAUUUGGCCAAUCAGUCGUAUACGACGUUAGAUGCUUUGGAGGCAUACUCUGAAGCUACUUAUUCCUCAUUACAUUAUCUCUCGCUCGAGGCUUUGAACUAUAAAUCCACGAAUCUUGAUCAUGUGGCUUCGCAUAUCGGGAAGGCUUCCGGUAUAACCGCCGUCUUGAGGGGAACUCCGUUGAUGGCCGCCCCGGGACCGAAUAGUACUCAAGCAGCAGUGCUGUUACCGGUAGAUAUGUGCGCUAAACACGGUCUUCGUCAGGAAGAUGUUAUAAGACACGGAGGGAGCGCCCAGGGACUAAAAGACGCGGUUUUUGAAAUCGCAACAAGAGCAAAUGAUCAUAUGAUCACUGCUCGGGAGAUGUUGAACAGAGCUGGCGAAGAAGGUAAAGGGCCGGCAUUUACGACAUUCCUACAUGCGGUACCAACUUCGUUAUAUCUCGGCCGUCUAGAAAAGGUUGACUUCGACGUCUUUGACUCUUCUUUGCAACGUAGAGAGUGGAGGUUACCGUGGAAGGCUUACAUCGCCAAUGCCAGACGGCAAUUCUAA